CCCCUCAGCCGCCCGCUGUCGCAGCCGCCGCCGGGCCGCGGGCCGCGGGCGGGCGCGCAGAGGCGGCUCCUGUCGUGGCGGUCGCUGGCGGCCACCGUGGUGCUGGGCGGGGGGCUGCUGGCCGGCAUGAAGGUGAUGAAGCGGCUCAAGGAGGAGAAACUGGAGAGGGAACGCAACCGAGGCAUUGGGAAGCCGCUGCUGGGAGGGCCCUUCUCGCUCGUGAGCCAUGAGGGACAGCCCAGGACCAGCAAGGACUACAUUGGCCAGUGGGUGCUGAUCUACUUUGGCUUCACUCACUGCCCUGACAUCUGUCCUGAUGAACUGGAGAAAAUGAUUGCAGUGGUAGACGAAAUUGAUCGAAUUCCAUCUUUGCCUAAUCUGACCCCACUCUUCAUCACCAUCGAUCCUGAGAGGGACAACCAAGAAGCCAUUGCCAGAUAUGUUAAAGAAUUUUCUCCAAAGCUGGUGGGAUUGACUGGUAGCAAGGCACAGAUUGACCAAGUGGCUAAAGCAUACCGUGUGUACUACAGCGAAGGGCCCAAGGAUGAGGACAAUGAUUACAUAGUGGAUCACACAAUAAUUAUGUACCUCAUCGGCCCCGAUGGGGACUUUGUGGACUACUAUGGCCAGAAUAAGAGGAGCGCUGAGAUUUCGGCUUCUAUCGCUGCACACAUGAGAAAAUACAGAUCCUAAAACAGAAGCUCUUCAAGGAUUGCUGUGAAUGUCACCUGUGGGCUUGGCUGUGACUGGACAUUGGAGUUAAAGCAGGAGCACACAAGUGUAACAUCCUGCCAAGCAGGUCUCCUUUCUUCCUAAUAAGAAGGGCAUCCGUGUUUCUGCAAAUUCUCAUUACCAAAAAUCCCUACAGAGCCUUCCCCAUGGAUGUAAUUUCCAACAAGAUCUUGGGUACAGAAUGAAAUUUGGGACUUCUCUGAAACAUUGUUGGGAGCAAAGGAUAGAAAGCACUUUUCACUUGGGAAGAACGUGUGUGCUGCUGGUAAAAUAUUGCUGGUAAAAAAAAAAAAAAAAAUUGCUGAUCUGGCAAGGCAUCAGCAAGAACAGUGACUGCAGGAGAAUUACUUGAUGCAAAGCCACGGGGCCAUGGCGUUCUCAGAGGAGCUCUGCCCUCUGGUUUCUCUGCACUGUUUUGCCUUCUGGGAGAGGCAGUUGCACUAUGAAAAGCAGGGGAGCCUUAAGAGUGCUUCUUUACCCAGGGUAAGAAGGUGAAGAGCGCUGAAAGCACCGACAGCUUCCACACAUGGGACCAGCCCUGUAGCGUGCCUGAUCAUUUCACCUGAAUGCAGAAAUUAAAUGUAUUUUUCUGGUGAUUUUUUUCCCAGGUGAACACUGUUCACUCAUAAGGAAAAUUGGAUUGCAAAGAGGUUUUUUCUUCUGGUGCGAAUGAUGGUCUGUGUAGUUGCUUUGCUUGUGCUGUGCUGAGAGGGGAGGUGGGGAGGUGGAAGGGGGCUGUGUCCAUGCACAGGGCUGGCAAUCAGAUACAUUUUAUGCAGAGCAGCAUUUGAAAAUAAAGAUUGAUUUGUAUAGGCAAUACGUAUUUUUAUUUCCUUAGGUUUUACUAGAGUAUCAACAGAACUUUGCAUACUGGUCAAACUUCAUAUUCUUGCUCUGCUUUCCUUCUUUUUAGAAAGCAGUAUUUAUUUCUAGUCAUGCACAUCAGGAGCUGAAUGUGCUUUUUUAAGCUGGACCUCAGAGAAUGGCCCACACGAGACAAAUCAGAGCAAUUCUUGGUGUGAGUUCCAGAGUCUUAGAUGUUCCUGCAGGUAGCACUGGUGUUUUCCUGAGUGUGGGGGUUUGGAGAGAAUGUUCCCAUCUGAGGGAAGGUGCAAAGCCUGGGGAAAUUUCUGUCUUUCCAAAACCAUGAAAAACAGUAAACUUUACUUGUUUCAGAGCAGUGACAUCUCUCGUGCAUUUUUACAUAUAUUGGAUAUUUGCUCUUUUCCGUGGGUUUCACCUGCAGGUCUGUAUUGAUUUGAUCCCUUGUGAUUUGUUUGUGUUUGUGGAACCCUCAGGGCCCAUCUCUGCCCCAUCUCCUACCAUCCUGUGGCUGUGCUCUGCACAGCAGCCUUUGUCUGCCCUUCCCAAGGUCUCUGCUGUCACAUCAGGCCUGUAUUUUAAAUAUUGCAGCAGUGCAUUAGGGCCAAAUACCUUUUCUGCACAGAGGACAGUCUGCAAAAUCAUGAUUGUAUGAAGCGGUGGUAAGUAAAAAUAAAACAAAUUAGUUAGAGGCGGCUGCUCAGAAGAAAGAAUUGUGUUACAGCUGAGCCAAGUUAAAGCAGAAUUUGGACAAGGCGAACCUCUGUCCUGAGGCUUUGCAAAAUCAGCACAUGAUCUGCAGCAUGGGAAGAGUCACCUGUUACACUGAAUUCUCUAAAGCUCAUUUGCAGCUGACUCGAACUACAGAGACGAAUACAGGAUUCCUGUCUUCUCCCAAAUGUUUUGGCAGCGGUGUCGUGUCCUUUUACCUUGUUUUCCUGUGCCCUGAAAGGCAGAACCAGCUGACCCAGGAUGCUUCUGGCAGACUGGGGGGAGUGUGGCAAAGGCCCAGAAGGAUUUCAGAUGGAGUGACAAGUCCCUUGCCUCAUGGCUGCUUUUUUUCAGCCUCCCAAUUUGACCAUGCCCAUCACUUUUCCCGUGGCUUUUCCAGGAGGGAGGCCUUUUGAAAGUGAAGAAUUUUAUUUUUGUUGUUGUGGUUGGCUGUGGGGUUUUGUUCUUUGGCAUUUGUGUUUUUUUCUUUAUUUGGAGUUUUGUUUGUUGAUAAAAAACCCAAAAACUAUGUUUAGGCAAGUGUUAGGAUUUCCCUGUCCUGUUCAGUGACAGCAGGGAGCACAGAUUUGUUCCCUGUGUAUUUAGGAGGCCCAGGGGUUGUGCUGAGUGCUCACUGGGAGGAGGCAGAGCUGGUCAAGGACGGGAAGAGAACGUGCUGGGGGUGCUUGGAAACACUUUGUCGGUGGAUAUUCAGUAUUUUUCCAGUCCAGAAUUAGAAAUGAAGCAGACUCCCUCUGUACUCACCGUACCCAUAUUCCCUGUAUCCCCAGGUGCAGUGCCCAGCCCGCAGGGAGGGAGCUCAGCUCUGGCAGGGCAGGUUUGGGCUCCUCUCUGGGGGCUGUGCUGGGUGCUGGUGUGGGGCCGAGCAGAGCCAGGCUGCCCGAGUGGAUCUCCUCUCUGGAAACUUCACCUGGUUUCAUUUGGGAACCGGAUUUGUUGGAGUCUGGUGCUGCGCAAGGUGAACCUGUGUUCCCCAAGGGACCCCUGGGACCCCCUCAGGCAGGGGGAGAACAGAGCAGAGUCCUGGCAGAGGCCGAUCUGCAGAGCUCUGCUGCGUUUGCCCGCAGCACACCCAGCGCUGGCUAUUUGUCCCGGAAAAUACCAGUGGAGAGCAGCAUCUCCUCUGAGGGGCUGACAUCCACAGCCCCAGCUGAAGAGCUGCUGCCAUCCCAGGCUGGGGACCAGUGACGAGAUGUCUGAGGAAUGAGGAUCGGCUCCGUUUGUCUACCCAAGGAAGGCAGCACAUUCCUCCUGUGCCGCCUGCACAGCCCAUGGAGGAGCUUAAUGAAUGAGCAAAGCCACACGGGUGAAGCUUGGCUGUUUUAGGGAUGCUCUCAGCACCAGCAUGGGCAGAAUCAGGGCCUGAAGAGGUGCUUAAACAACUGUAAAACCCCUGUGUUGCAUUUUCAGUCCAGAUCGUGGAAAGACUCAGAUAAGAAGGACGCUCGGGAGGUCUGGGGUGCAACCUCCUGCUGCAGUCACCCACAGCCGCCUCAUCCUUGUGCACAGCCUGAGGAAGAAAGCAAGUCUUGGGUCAAGGUCACGUGUGGCCACAGAUGCUGUUGCUCUUUCUCCCCUUCUCCAGUGCCUUUGAGGAUAAUUUGAAUUUUCUGAGCCUUUUCUCCCUUCAUCCUACUUGCAUGGUCCCAGCAGCGACCCAGCAUUCUGGAGAUGUGCUCCCAUCAGCCCACAGCCAGGAUCUGGGAUGAAUGAAGGAUUGUUGCUAUAUUUUAUUAGCUUUCUGUCAAUGUUUACAUUUUGUAGUGGAAUCUUCUCAGGCUUGUAACAUAAACAAGUUGACAUUUACAUUCCUCUCUGAUGAGGGACAGCUGAUUGACUUCUAGCCUGGCCAGUGGUGUGGGGAGGUGGUAACCUUGUUCUCCAACCCCUGGUCAUUGUCCAGAAUCUAUAUAAGCAAAGUAAUCUAAAUAAAGUUACCCUUCUUUUGCCUUGAAA